GUGUUAGAAGCUAACGUCAGAUCCACAGUCAGAAGUGCCUCAGUGUUGAUGUGCUGCGACAACCACAAUGGACUUAAAAGACAUAUUUUUAACCUAAUUUUAAAACAAAGACUUUACUAAGGCUCACAAAAGGACGGAUUAAAGGUCGAGGCUUGUUGAGACGGUGACUUUUUCCAGCAGGUACGUAGCUGUUGUGUUAAACGCAGUUUUUCAAUAACAGAAAGUUUCGGUUUCACUGUUUUUGUCAGAGUUUGUCUUUUAAAACUUUAACCUUACUCACCUGAAUUCUUAUAAACAACGUUUUAAUUUGAAGAAACACACCACGCUUUACUGUAUUACUCUGUAAUAUCCAGCUGUCCUGUUGUUGACAGGCUGUUAUGAUUAGACAGUGAAGACAGUUUUAGCAGUGAGGACUUUCCAGUCAUGAGGUGAACGAAAAGUGAAAAUAUUCAAGAGUCCUCACCUCCUUCUCUUCCUCCUAAAGAUAUAUUCUUUAAUAAUUUUAACUAUUCCGACAAUUGAAGUGAAGCUGACUUUCUCAGUGUAGAGUUUGAGGGAAAAUGAAUUAAAAAAACAAACAAAGAUGUUUUUCAUUCUCACUGAUUUUAACCUAUUUAAAUCGCCAAAUCACAAACAGAGGGUUCAUGUUUGCUGGAUCGCGAUAUCAUUUUAGAUUUAUAAAAUAGUUUUGUGUUUUUUUAAAUAAAUUAAUUAAUUCCAAUCCAAUUCAAUCCGCUUUAUUUAUAGCACAUUUAAAAAAACAUUCAAGUCUACCAAAGUGCUGCACAAUAAAAUUAAAAGAACAGACAAUGCUGAAAACAUCAAGAUAAAGUAAAUAAAAGCAGGUAAAAAAAACGUUUUAAAUGAAAUAAAAUAAAAGAAAUAAGACCCAAAAGCAUAAAAGAAAAAAGGCGAUAAAAGGUCCGUGAAAGACAUGAAAGGACAUAGAUCACACAACUCUCAUGCUGAGGUAAAAGCCAGGGAAUAAAAAUGAGUUUUAAGACGUGAAAACUACCAAAAAUUGCCAGAAACUUUAGUUUUUUUAUGCGCCCUAUGUUUUCUUGAUAGCUUGUUUCAAUAGUUUCUGCUAAAGUGUAAUCUGGUUUUGAUAUCAUUAAUCGAUCCCUCAUGAAUCUUGUCUUUUUGAUCACCUUGUGGUCUGGUUUCAGGCAUUAAAAUAUUAUUUAGAUGAAUCAGUCUUCUCCGUUAUGAACUGUUUUGCUUGAUCUUCAGUCUGUUUCAUGGCUUGAUACAACUCACAGGAGCUUGAAAUAAUCAACCAAAACAAGUCUAAAUAAAAAAGAUGUUCAAUGAUAUGAAAGAGAAACAUUAACAGUAAUUGAACUUGUUAUUUUUCCUCCACAUUACACACAUUUUGUUGCAGCAAUGAGCAGCGGCUCAACCUCAGAGCAGCUGGAGGAGGUGAGGAAGAGAGCAGAGUCGAUCCUCGCCUCCUCGGGUUCAGCUCAGGAUGUGAAGACGGAGGUUCAGACCAUGGCCAGCGCCGCCUUGUCUCUGACGGACAAGUACCGCCACUUUGGAGCCGAGGUCAUGAUGAGGGAAAACACGGGAGACCGCAGCAGACAAGAGGUACAGAGUUAUUUGAUUAAACACAUGAAAUUUGAGCUUUAUUCUAUUUUGAGUUUCAGAUUAACAACUUUUUUUGCAGAUUGAAAGUCUUUAUAAUUUAACAAGAGUGAAACGAUUCAAACAGAACGGAUCAAAUCUGAUUGAUAGAUUUAUUUCAGUGUUUUAGGGGAUAAAACCUCCAGUGGAGCUGAAAAUGUAAGAAUAUAAGAAAUAUGUGUUUUUCAGAUAUAUAAAUCGUCACUAAAAAGGAUUAGCAGAUGUAUUUUAGUCUUUAUAUGAGAUGUUUCUCAGUGUGAAGCAGCUUUACUAGAACUGUAAACAGAUCACACUGGUUUUGUCUCCACUUCAGGUCCAGGAGUCUUUGGCUCGACUGGUCAAGGCCUUGAGUGUCCUGGAGAAGUACGGCUGUAACCUCACAAACCCCACCAGGCCCAAGUACUGGAGAAACGUCAAGCACAACAACCCCACCUUCAAGAGGACAGUGGAUUCGAUCAAGGUGACACAUCAGAAAAUCCCUCAGGGUGGAUUUGGCAGAGCUUUAAACCGACUCUGAGAUGAUUUAAAAACUAAAAUGUUAAUCAAAGUCUCCCCUCUUUAGGGCGGUCGAAGAGUUUUGUACCUGUACGGUUACACCAACCAGCAGUUCGACGGCCUCAGUUUCCCGGAUGAGGUCGCUGAACCAGACUCUGAAAAAGUAGCUGCGCUGACGUUUGAGGUCAUGACCUUACGCGCUGAGGUGGACAUGCUCCUGCAGGUACUUAACGAGUAAUGUAAUUACCUGAAACAUCGAGUGUAAGUCAAAGUCUUGAUAGAAACUUGUACAUGUCUUUGUUUUAGGGCACCCAUCCUCAUCCAGAGCACUUCAAAGAUAUCACCCCAUCCAUCAUGCAGAAGGUGUGUACAUUUUUACAAACUGUUCGACUGAAAACUUGAAACAGACCAGAGUGGCCGUCAUGGGUUUUCUCUCUCUCUCUAAAUGAUGGUGUCCUGAAGUGUUGGCUGUGAUUCUGGUUUGUUUAGGACACGCUGGUCGCUGACGCUGUGCCCAUCCUGUCUGAAGAGGAUCUCCCAAAGAGAGACAUCCCACAGGUUCUGACGCCCUCACCCACCCAGAGCACCGGAGGUCAACAACCUCAGACACCACCAGCAGGUCCUACAGCCCCUCCUGCUCCUCUGAGUCUUGUCUAAUAACCUUUCCCGCUGUCUGAAGUAGCUCUGACUGAUGCACAGGCCACUGUCUUUAUUCCCUGCAGGCUCUCUUACUGUGGGGGAGUGUAACUUGUGUGGUGGACCGUCAUCCCUGGUUUGCCCGUCUUGUGACAAAAAGCCUUUUUGUGAUGCGUGCGAUGACUUCUUUCACCGCCAUCCUGCAAGAGCCAAUCACAAGAGAGACAAACUACAGAAAACCAAACAAGGUACGACACAUUAAAACACAGUUACACUUCUUUUUUCAGACCUGGUUCUCAGACAGUUUGAUUGACUCUAUGAGCCGAGGAUUGAAAUUUUCAUGGACUUGUUUUCCCGCAGAGACCUGCAGCAUCUGUGGGAUUUCUCCCGUGUAUGCUCAGUGCUUCACCUGUGCUCAGGGGCUGUGUCUUAACUGUGACAAACUUUUCCACUCCCACCCCGACCGCAAAGAUCACAACAGGAACAUCAUCACAGCGGCUAAAACGUCCAGGUGAGGAGAAACAGGAACUCAGAAACGAAUCACUGUCAGUUAUUUCAUGUGGGUCAACAACAGAGAGGAAGGAGAAGGUCAAAGGGUGACUGAGUUUUCAUCAAAUUGAUUAAAUUUCUAGUCUUAUAUCGUGAAUUUCAACUCUUAUGUGGUUUGUAUUCAGACUUUGUGAAGCACUUUAAGCUGUAUCUUUCGUCUGAAGUAACAUGCAAUGAUGAUUUUUGUGUAAUUACAAAGAUUUUAAAUAUUUUUUGCUGCACGAAGAUUCUCUGAAACCUAAUUUCUUUCACAUAUUUUACAAUUUUUGGUCUUAAAAUACAGUUUUUAAGUCGAAUACAUUUGCUGCAAAAAGUGAAAAUUAAAUUAGACUUUAGUUCAACUUUUCUUUUAUUUUUAUGUCCCAUUCUUUCUGAAAUGUAGUCUUUUUUAAUUUAGAUUUGUCUCACUGCUUUCCAUCGUUCUUGGUUCACAAAGGGCCAAAGCAAAUAAACUGAACUGUUGUCAGUGGAGUAAAUGUUCUGCUCUUCUGUUCCUGUCAGUCCGUCUCUGUCCCCCUGGGAGUGCGCUCACUGCACCACGGUCAACGAGAUGCGAGCCGUCCUCUGCACAACCUGUGAACGACCUCGACUCGCCACGGCUGCCUCCAACGUUCAGGAGAGCCUCGUUUCAGUUUCUACAUCACCCAACACAGGUUAGACUCCAGUUUAACUUUGGAUUGAUAGAGAUUAACUCACUUUGAGCAGCACCUUUUGAAACAAAGAAGUAAAAAGUACAAGGGUAAAAAGUGAUAAUUGAGCAAAUCAAACCGAUAAAACCUGGAAAAAAAAUCACGUUUUUUAACAAAUAUGCAGGAAUUUUGAUUUUCUUUCAUUUUAUCUGACAGCAACGAGCCUCAUAUGUCUGCUUUUGAGAAUGAAGAAGUGAUUUGUCUUUCAAGUGUCUGAAUAUCUGUGUUUGAUCCCUCAGAGUGGCAGUGUAAGAGCUGCACUGUGGUAAAUCAAGGCAGCAGCAUCCUCUGUGAGGUGUGUGAGCGCCCUCGUCUGGCCACCCGCCCGCCUGCUGCAUCGCUCCUGUCCAGUCUGGGAUCUCUGUCUGAGUCUGGAACAAAGGUCUGUCUCACUGCUGCAGAUAAAUCUCUCGAUUUGAAGUUAUUUCAGGCUAUAACGAGGAUAUUUAGUGUCCUGUUUCUUUCAAAUUAAAAAGCUGAAUCUGAUUUUCAUGUUUUCUUACAGUAGCUACUUGGUUCACAGCUUUUUUAAAGCGGGAAAAAUCUUUAAAACUCUGAAUUAAGCUCUCAGGAAACUGCAGAGGUAUAAAUCAGAGCACUGAGCUUCUUAAGCGUCAGAUGUUUCCUCAAGGACUUGGUGCAGACUGAAAACAGAGCUACAAGAGUGAUUUUUUCCUAUGAGUCUUCACAGCAUGACUCAAGAAUUUUCCGUGAACUUCCGUCUUCUUUCUUUACUAAAAUGUGUAAAUUUGCCUUUUUUUCCUCUUGGUAGUGGAUGUGUCAGUUCUGCACCUUCGAGAACACAAAGCCCGCUCUGGUCUGUGAGAUGUGUAACCAGCCGUGCAGAGACAGCGCUGGAGUUUCUCUGCCCCAGUCGCUGCAGCAGACCCCGACACCCAGCAUUAAAGAUCAGCCUCAGCCGAGGAUCAAACCCCAACCGAAACCCAGAGUCAACCUGGAGAUGAAGAGACAGAAGAUGAUGAGGGAUGAAGGCCUGAAUCUCAUCGGCCAGAUCAGAGUAGGUCAUGUCUGAAAAAGUCUGAGGUCUAAUUCCAGAGACUGUUGGACCAACACGUCACAAAAAUAUUAAAACUAUAAGUACACGACCAAAAAGCCUCAAAUCUCGAUGUCAGGUUUGAUAAGUUUAGUUCACCUCGACCUGGAAGAGAACUUGUAAAAAACUCAUCCUGUAUCUCCUCACAGGAAGCAGAAAAACGCGGCGUCAGUCCCGAGGAGGUGUACGCCGCCAUCUGCAUGUGCGGCGGCAGCAACCCUUGUGAUUGGCUGACCUCGGAGCUGCCUCACCUGCUGGAUGAAAUCUGCGCCAUGGCGGCCUCUGUCCAGCUGAACUACAAAGCAGGGGGUUCUGGGAUACAACCCGAGGUGGAGAAAGACGGAGGGGAAGCUGAGCGAGGCACACUGUACCUCACAGGUGGAGGUGAGAAGCUGUCGAGAGCCGAGGCCAAACUGGCGUGGUUAGCCGCUGGAGGAGACACGGAGAGAGCCGUGAGGCAGCUGCUGAGGGACAGACAGCUGAAGGUAAGAACAAGGAAGAGAGAAGAGCUGAAACCCGACCCUGAAACACAUUUUCCUGCCAAACAAAGUUCGUUCUCAUCAGACACACAGAAAUUCAUGGUCUAUUUGCUCCCCUGAGUGACGUUUAAAGUGAUACCAAUAAACUCCUGCAGCUUCCUACAGACGCUAAGAGAUCAGGGAGUCACGCUCAUACCUCCUGUUUUUCUGACCUUGAAAGAUAACUCAGAACAAAGAGGGUCUGUGAGGGAAACGUAGGAGUGUCAUUUGACCCUUUUGACCCGGUUUAUGAGUUUGAUUUAGAAACUACAGCGAGAGAACAAAGAAACUGAACGGUGGGUAAAAGAUAAGUCUCCUAGAAGAUCUGGUACUCAGUUGCUGCAGGUGUCCUCUUAGAGGAUUCAUUGAGUUUACACCACAUCUGACACCAGGGUCCAUCCAGGUGGAUUGAUGUCUGCAGUAGGUUAGGAGGAAAGUCAGGAUAACUGACUUUGAUCCAUGUGGUAACAUCUUGAAGAGAGAGAGAGAGGGAAAGCCGGGACAGGAUGGUUUCUGCUGGAGUCUGACGUGUGAUCCUUCUCCAGGGGUCAGGGUUGGCAGGAGGAAUUUGACUCCAAACAAAACUCCUUUUAUGAGUUCCAGUCAUUGUCUAGUGUCAUAAACAGAUAACUCUGUGUGUGUCAUGUGUGUGUGUGUGUCCAGAUGAAGGAGCUGCAUUCUCUGGGCUUCAGAGACGUGCUGCAGUGCGAGGAGGCCCUGCGUCAGAGCGGAGGAGAGGUGAGGGGAGCUCUGUCUCUGCUGCAGCGCCCCCUCCUGGAGCAAUUCCACCAGCGGAUCUGGGCUGACCAGCAGGAGCCGCCGAUCGAUCCCAAACACCCGGACAAACAGGUUAGAUCUCACCUGAGAUCACAUCGAGGCUGUUUGUGUUUGCUCAGUUGUGGUGUUUUGAUAACAGGUGUGUAACUCUUCAUGUGCUCUGUCACAGAGGAUGUGCAGACGGCUGCUGGCGCUGUACGACCUGCCCAGCUGGGGGCGCUGUGAGCUUGUCCUUGCACUGCUUCAGGAGCCGGAUGUCUCAUACUCUCUGGAGGAUGUGGUGCAAGCUGUGAAAGAGUCUCCGGACAAAGAUUUCAUCAGACGUCUGCUCAACAAUGAGUGUCCCUGCUGCCUGUCCAUAUUCCCCCGCAGCAAGGUGGGUCAGAGAGGGGGGCCUUUAAAGCCUUGUGUGGGUGUCACACAAGUAUUUGACAUCAUUACAACAAAGUGCCUUCAGAUUUAUCCGCCUUUCUUCUUCAUUUCUUCUUCUUCUUCUUGUUUUUAGAUGCAGUCUCUGACUUCCUGUCAGUGCUCCGUGUGUCACGAAUGCUUCAGGCAGCACUUCACCAUCGCAGUGAGAGACAAACACAUCAGGGACAUGGUGUGUCCCGUCUGCAGCGGGCCGGACAUCAACGACCCGGAACUGAUGGACAGCUACUUCUCCACACUGGACAUACAGGUAUCAAUAAAGACAUGAUGUACUGAGAGUAAAUAUGGAUGAUGAGUUGGAAUAAGUAAUAUGUCAAAUAUAUUUUUCUGCAGCUGCGGAUCUGCCUGGAGUCUGACGUGUAUGACCUGUUUCAUAAGAAGCUGACAGAGCAGGCUCUAAUGAAGGACCCAAAGUUCCUCUGGUGUUAUCAUGUGAGUGCUUCUCAGCGUCAUAAAACUGUCGACCAGAUUGCUCCGUCUCCCUUUAUCAGCUCUCAUAAAUCUGAAUUCUUCAUCUGAAGCGUAAGAGUGUAACGCAGUUCUUGCAAUAAUGACACGACAUGCCACAUACGCAAACCCUCAGGGGAAAAAAACAUGAUUCAAAUAUUUUUGCAAAACGUUUCCAAUAAAUCUAAACAUUUAUUAGCGCAAUUAUUCACAAAGUCUGUUUAAAUGAGGCCCUUUUUCUGUUUUGACAUUCCAUUAACUGUCCUUUUGUACUUUUAAAUAUUAUAUAAUCUGUGAAAGGAGAUUAAUGUGACCAUAAUCCUGUUAAUUAGUCUCUCCUGGUAACACCCUUAUUAACAACAAUGAUGAUGACGAUAUUUGCGGACGGGGCAGGGCGGCUUUGUUUGUACAUACCACACUCUCAGGUAAUUAGGGGUGCUUUACAGAGUAAUUAAAGAAGAUUAAAAAAAAGAACACACACAAAAGAAGAGCAGAAAAAUAGAUUUAUACUUAAAUAACUCAUAAUGGCAAAACUAAUACCUUUAUUUGUAUGGCAAAUUAAGAUUAUUUAUAGUUUAGCAGUUGGAAAAAAGGUUAAAAUGAUCAUUAAAAGGCAAUAAUAAGAGCAAAAGCGAUGAAAAAGCCAGAUAAUAGACCGAACCCUAACUCAUUCCUUUACAUUCCUGUUAGCUAACAUCAGAACACAGCUAACAUUAGCAUUUAGCCGCUUUCUGUUAAACAUUAGUGUUUAAAAAUCUCAGAUACGACAAGGUAAGAGAAACGUUUGAACCAUCACAUUGAUAAUUUGAUGGUUAAGUACUUUGAAAGUGUUCAUAUUUAUGUUGGCAUCUGUGUUUAAAUUACGUCUGCUAGUCAACAAUACUAGGGUGGUCUUAUUCUGAAUCCCAAACAAGAAGACACACGAAGCGGAGCGGAAGUCGCAUGAAAAAUUUUGAGGGUUUUCCGGGUUGGUUAGAGUGUUUUUUACGUGCUUCUAACUCAGUAAGUCCACAAUCCACAAACUCAAAACUUGCAUACAAAACCCACACAUAUGAAGGAUUUUAUAAACUCCUCUUGGACAGGCCAGACAGACCCUAAAAAGAGGACAUGUCCUGGUAUAAGAGGACGUAUGGUCACCCUAUUUAAUGACUUGUGUAGUUGUGAUGUUAUUUCCUCAUCGAGUUUAAAUGUUAGAGCUUCACUCACAGUAACUUUAAUGUUUUAAGGUGUUCAUAGUGUACUCAGCACAGAAAUACUCAUUCAUACAGUGCCAGCAUAACACUGUACUACUGCAGUAAACUUGUACAAAAUCAGGACUUAGUCAUAUUUCAUGUUUUCUUUAUUUGCUUUAUCAGCAGAAGAGUCCUCAUUGUUUUUGCUUCUCCACAUCAAUUUUAUUCUCAGACACCAGAGCAGGUUACAAUUCCCUGUGGAGUCAGAAGGAAUGAGAGCAUUAUUCAUUUUGUCUUUCAGUAAUUUUUUUUUAAUCAUAUUUAAUGUAGAGAUAUGUUAAAAGAACUCUUCUAAACAAACAGUGUGUAGGUUGGAAAUCCAAAAUGACAAAAUAAAGCAGCCCUGAAUACCCAGGAGUUGAUUUUUGUUGCAUUUAAAAAAAACAGAAUUGACAUAAUUUUCUUUUCACUAGAAUAAUAUUCAAGUUCAAAGUCUGUUUUGUAAAACCUUACAUGGACAUAUGAACAGAAUAGGAGCUGCCUGUAAUGACACUAAGUAUGUUUGAGGGGAUUGACCUAUACUGCAGCCAGCCAGUAGAGGGAGUGCUAGAUGUUUUUGCUUCCCUUUGCUGGAGCUUGUCUGCUUUUAUACAGUCUGCUGUUGUAACACAAAUGACAAACCAUGUUGAUGGACUGAUUCAGACAUGAUUGACUGCCCAGGUAGGGUAUGACAGAGUAACUAAUGUGGUUACAAGAGAGGCUGAUAGACUGAUUCUUACCUUCUGUAUUUGCUGUUCCAUCCACCGUGAGUCAGAGUGAAUACAGAACCAUCUUCCACCCUCAGCCUUAACCCUGGAAGCAGACAGAAAGGAUAAAACAUCUUUGUUCAUUGAUCCUUGAUAGGCUCACUCCUGAAGAUCAGUUUUCUUCUGUUGAUGGUUUCAAAGAGUUUUAAUCACAUAUGAACUGUGUCACAUAGAUCACCUGUUAUCAGAUUGGAGUCAGAAGCAAUUAGGGAUUCAGCUGAAGAGUGUACUCGCUUUACUUAGUGUUUAGUCAGUAAAACAUUUACUUCUGUGAGGGAUAAAACCCCCAAAAUCUUUGAUCAGGUUUCAAUGAAGGACAGACUUGUUGGACAUGUGAAACCUGGUUAUAGACUCCUUAAGGGUCGUUAUUCUGCUUUGAUUAGGGCCGUUUGCUCAAGAAAAACACCUUCAUGGUCAGAUUCAGUGUAUUUUGUACAUUUUACUAAAGAAGUUAUUGUCCUCCCACAUUGAACAUGAUUUUAAAAUUGGCUAUAAGCAAUGUCUUUAAUUCCUGUAAUUAGAUAUGAGUCGUUAGUUUGUGUUUGAGCAGAUCAAAUGACUUUGACUUGACUUUGAUUAACGUGGGUAAAGCAUGCUGUACUUACAGAUAGUGAUUUGAGUUGCAAUGCCCCGUGGGUCUCUGUUUGAUGCACUCUGUAAUCCUGCUUGGUGCAAUAUAGCCAGCUUGGAAACAGCAUGGAUCUGUAUAGUGACAAACACACAGAGGCAGUGAUGUUACAACAUUUUUACAAAUGCAGCAGCUGCUGCUAAAGGAGAUCAAAACAUGAUUGACUUUUUCCAAACCUUGAGAGUAAAACUCAGAUAUGAUUCAGUGACAUCAGUAAGCUUCUAAAUAUCUCCAAAUGUUUGCUGCUGAAGGACCAACAUACUGCCAUAUUUUUAAAGAACUGCUUCCUACAAGGUGUUCAUGUCAGGUGGAAUGGUCACUGAGGUUCUGGACUUUAUUUUAUUCAUUUUAAGUGUUGUCCUCAUGUGAAUAAGACAGAUCAGCCUAAACCUCUCAUGGGAGAUCAAAUCCAGGGCAGAUAUAUGUCCCUAGAUAAUAAUAAUAAUAAUAAUAAUAAUAAUACAGUAAAGACAUCAAAAAGUGAUGAAAUUUCAGUUCCUGUUUUUCAUUCUUUUAAAUAAAGGAAAAUAACUCCUCUUUAUUUAUCUUUAUUAGAUUUUAGCAGAUGAUACCACGAGAAAUAGUCAUUUCAAAACCUCUGAGGUGAUGUUAGCUAAAACGGUGACACUGUCCCAAAGUUUAGGGAUAAAAAUCUUACGACAAAAGUUUGUGAACAAGCUCAAUGAAAUCUGCAGUAAUCAUGUAAUGCGGUUGAAUCCAUUGUUAUAUGUUGUGGGUAUAAUUUUGUACUUACCUGGCACGGAUAUGUCCUGUACAGAGGACCAGAUAAACACAGAGAAGAGGAGGGCAGAGAUGGUCAGAAUCCUUACAGACAUUUUGACCAACAGGCAGGCUGGUGGAUAAUAAACUGAUCAGACUGAAAACUAGGACUGCUAUGAUAAGCCGAUGUUAUCAGUUAAAUCAGGUGACCUUAUUCUGAAUCCCCAAAAGGAGGACACUGAUACGGGGCGGAGUUGUGCGCAAAAUUUUGAGGGUUUUUCAGGUUGGGUCGAGUGUUUUUUUUUACACGCUUCUAACUCAACAAGUCCACACUACACAAACCCAAAACUUUCAUAAAAACCCCGGACAUUUGAAGGAUUUUAUAAACUCCCCCCCGAUAGGCCAGACAACCCCCCCAAAAAAAGACAUGUCCGGGUAGAAGAGGACGCAUGGUCACCCUAACAAUAGGAUGUUAAGAAGCGCACAGGUGGACAGUGUUACGGUUGAAUAUGUGACCCUGUAAACUGGGGAUAUCGUAAUUCAGCAGGAAGUCGCCAGUAUGCUGGAUCACCGUUUACAUCGUAACACUAGUAGUCUAACCGUCAUCAUGAGCCUGUGCGCAUUAGAGCUUGUAAAUAAGGAGAAAAAACGUUAUGUAUACAGUAAAUCAGAGACAAAAAUGGCUUGAAAUUAAUCUACAGGUCUGACUUGAAAAACUAAUGAUGGAGUUUUCUUCCUCAGUGCACCUAUGGCUUUAUCAAUGAAGGAGACCAGCUGAAAGUCACCUGUCUGUCCUGUCAGAAGAGUUUCUGUGCUCAGUGUAAGAAACCCGUGAGUAUAAAGACCCAUUUUCAUCUAUUUCACCCUCCUUUACAUGCUGUAGGAUUUACUGAAUCUCAAGAAUUCAGCCUUGAAGUUCUAUCUCCUCCCUGAGAGGGAGUUUGCGUCCUAUAAUCCUCCCUUCCUCUCCUCCUUCCUGUCAGUGGGAACCUCAGCACCAGGAUCUGUCCUGUGAGCAGUUCCAGCAGUGGAAGAGGGAGAACGACCCAGAGUACCAGAGGCAGGGUUUGGCCGGAUACCUCAGAGACAACGGCAUCAGUGAGGACUAAAACUUCACUCCCUCACUACUAAAAUGAAUAAAUUAAAUUAAACUAGCUUUGCUUUACUUUCUAAUGUCAACACUCCAACAACAACAACACAUUUAGUCAUCUCCCAUUUCACAGUUUUGUAAUCAGCUGAUUCACAAGGCCUCAAAAACAAUCUUGAAAACACACGUCUAUUAAAAUUAAGGCCUCGUUUAUUUUCUUGCAACAAAUAAAUGUAUUCAAGAUGUUUGUGUCUGAAGUGAGUAGAUUUCUCAGUUUGUGUUGUGGUCUCGCAGCCUGUCCUCACUGCCGGUUCCAGUACGCUCUGACUAAAGGAGGCUGCAUGCACUUCAGCUGUUCUCAGUGCAGGUACCAGUUCUGCAGCGGCUGCAACAACCCCUACCACAAGGUGAGAGACUUACUUAUACAUAUGACAGGAAGAAGGGCACAGUGUGUUUUUUCUAAAUGACCAAAUUGCAUGAUUUUAUGUGGCAUACAAAAAAGCACACAGUUUUUCUAGAGUCAAAUGGAAAAAUGAUCAGGAUGCAGAAAAAAAUAUCCCCUGUUGAUGCUAAGUUUUAUCUACAACAACUAACUUUACUAACUUUUGGUUAAGUUUGACCACCAGCUGCCCCUUGCUGUUAUUUUAUCUCUUUGUUUUGUGUUUUUUGCAGACUGUUUGUAAGACGCCUCAGUGUAAAUUUAUGGGUUUGCACGCUCAUCACCCCAGAGACUGUCUCUUCUACCUCAGAGACUGGGAGCCGGCCAGGCUGCAGGCCCUGCUGCAGGUAAAGACACUCUCAUGUGAAGCAUUAGAGCCUGUGUGUUGUAACAGGACGUGCCCCUCACGGGACUAGGGUACCAAUAUUAAUAAUAUUACCUGAUGAGCUCUUUGUUAGAAGCUUAAAUUAAACAGGGAUUUAAACUAAAAUCAUAUUUUUAUUUAUGGGUUAUCUGUCUGUCUUCUCAGAGGAGCGGCGUGGAGUUCAACACAGAUCCAUCAGACGGAGCUCAAACAGGUAAAACUGACUCUCAUCUAUCAGCUGAUACUCCUCAUCUACCUCUGUUUUUAUUACGUUCAGGGAGCAAAGAAACUGUUUGACCACAUUCAUAUUCAUACCUGUAUUUUGUUUUGUCAAGGCUCAAGGAUGUCCUUGAAAUCCUGGAACAGCUUGAAUACAAAACAUAAGUUAGAUUCAAUUUUAUAAACUGGUUUAAAAAAGUUUUGUGAGCCUCUUUUCUGGGAAACUUUAAACAUAUCUAACCUCCAUUCCUUCAGUUCCUAAAGGCCUGUUUUUCAUUAAUUCAGCGAUAAAAAAAGAAGAUACAAGCUGAAUUUCUGUCUUUGUUUCCUGCUCUGUGACUCAGACGCUUGCUGUGUGAUGGAACAGAAAGACGAAGCGGGUCAGCAGAUUGAUUCACCUUGUGGGAUCCAAACACAGCCGGGACAGGCGGGACUCUGCGAGUGAGUGUUUGUCUGUUUUUGACCGGGAACUCUUGAGCCAUUGACCCACUUUUAGAGAUCUGAUGAAAUAUAAAAACCAGGUGAUUUGUUUUGAAGUUGGCAAAAUUAGGUCCUCCUUAUCUCUCACGCUGUGUCGUGCACAUUGAAGAGUUUACUGAAUUAAAACAAGCCUUACACAUUAGAGUUUGCCUGAAAUGAUGUGAGUCUGUUGAAAAAGGACUAGACCUCUUAAACAAGAUCCAGAAUUAUAAAGAACACAACACUCAAAAUAAAUAAAAAGUGUCUCAAGACUUUUUUACAGGGGAAAAGUGCUUUAACUUUGGCAUCAAAACCAAACUGCUCACUUUUAUCCAAACAGUUCCCAGGUAAGAAAAAGAGCUGUCUUUUUUUUUAAGUCCUGCUGUGAGAACUUUUUUGUAUUUCAAAGUUACCAAGCUUUUAUUGACCAGAAUCCAAACUAUCAUGUCUCGACUUCACAGAAUAAUUGUAGUGAAACAGCUGAACUUUAUUUACCCGGGAGACUUUUUUUCAGCCUGUUUGGACAGUAAAGUCUGUGUGCUGAAUGAAUCAGAGUCUACAAACCACCAAAAUAAAUCAAUAAAAACUCUGCGGUUUGAUGAUUUUGAAGCAGAAAAGGAAGGAGAGCCCUCUCUCCUGAGGGUCCUAAACUUUUCCCCUCUGCCUGCAGAGUCAUUUUCUCUCUGAGGGGGGUCUGGAGUCGGCCAUGCCUCUGGAAAAAACAACACAUUUUUUCUCUGUUAGGUCAUCUGAGGAGCAUCUGAGGACAAUCUGUGUGUGGGAUUUGGGUCACAGCUCUUUUUCUGUUAGCUGUUUAGGAGACAGAGUGAAGAAGACACAUUUUAUUGAAGUAUCUUCAAUUUCUUAACAUUUUUGAAUGACCUUAAGUCUAAUGUAAGACGACCUGCAGAUUCAAAAACAAAGAACAUCCAGGAAAAACAUCUUAGUAAUCCUCCUUUUAGCUUUUAGCGUUAGCAGCUGGGAAUGACUCAGUGUGGGUGGACUUUGGUGCCCCCUGUGGCCAAAGUGUAAAGUAUCUCAUGUAGGGGACAGCUGGUCCUUAAAAGCCGGUAUCUUGAUCAGGUAAGGCCUACAUUCCUUACGUCUUUGACAAAAACCUGUUUGUUUCUGCAGGAAGCACUACAAAGAGUACCUGGUCAGCCUGAUAAACACUCACUCCUUGGACCCGGCGCUGCUCUACGACCCGCCGGAGCUGACCGUAGUCUGUGAUCGAUACCAGGUGGACAAGCAGAGAGGAGAGAACGAGGACGAUAACGCUUACCAUGCAAGACUACUGAAGGUGAGAUACGGCAGGAUCUUAAGAUACAGUGUCAGAUCAGUUUGCAUACACUGAAAUUUUCUCCUCGGGAACGGACUUUUCUGUUUACAUAAACUGGUGGGAAUAUCUGAGAGUUUAACCAACGUAAAUUUCUCUUCUAUAGAAACUGAUGGAGAUCCCUCUUGGAGAAAAAGUUCCUCGAAACAACUAAACAUCCCAGAAUCUGAAACAGAAGCCUGAAGAACAAUCACCAAGCGUUGCACCUCUUCAUCAGGAAUGUUUGAAGGAUGAAACCGAUUAAAUGAUAAUAAAAAUAAUGAUAAUAGACGUGCCUAUUUUCCUCCUUCUGACUUUCAUUUUCUUGUUCAUGAUUUUAACAAACUGUCGGUCUGAACACGUCCGUCUGCUACUGUUUGAUUGACUGUUUCUUUGUCUUCAGCUCACACUUAAACUCUCUAAAGAAGGUUAUAUUUAUCUAUGGAGAUGAAAUGAACAAAUAUAAUGAAUAUUUUUUUGCAUUUAAAAGCAGAAAUGUCUGUUUGAAUGGCGUCUCUUUCAGGGUCUCUGUUUGGAGAAAAUACAAACACGAUAUAAAAAUUAGAUCGUUCAUGAGGGUUUGAUUUCUCAUAUUUUAUCAAAGAUUGAGGAGGUUUGCUUAUGUCUAAAUUUUUGAUUGUUUAUGGUUUAUAUAAAAUGUCUGAAUCAACCUCAAUAAAAAAUAUUAAAACUUGAAA